CGAGGAAGUCAAUUUCAUUUGUUCUCCGUCCCAUGUCCAUGGUUUUGAAGACUGUCAUGAACGUUAAUCCUUCAUGCGAUGCCUCUUCUUCGGAAGGUUUCCAGAUGCCGUCACCAUACCGAUCACAAGCUUCAUCAGUACUUGCCGACAAACUGCAAAACGUUGCAGCGCUACACGUGUGUUCUGCAGCUUCGGCAACCAGUUCUAUGAACACUGACGAGAUGGAGCGAUCGUCUUUCCGCAUGGUUGGGAUGGUGAUCAUGUUCAUCCUGGUCCUUUUAGUAGUGGCCAUCUGUGUCCUCGUUAUGGUACGACCAAACGAGAUCAUUGGAGGGAAGGUGGUUGAAGACGAAGACAACGAUAGCGAUAAUCGUUCUGUCGAUGAACCUCGGGGAAAUUUCAUUCAGGAUGGCCCUGUUCAAUCAGCUACGGAAAAGACAGCUCAUCGGAAUGCUACCCGAACAACCGCCAUCACAGGUGCACACAGUUCCGUCAGGGAAACACACCGCCGUUCCAGUACACGUUCAGCAGCUAGUAAACAGCCUUCGCCAACACCGCGAUGCUCUCUGGCUCGAACAUUUCCGCCUAGAAAGAUUGCCUGCAUUUACACUUUUGGGGAGACCGCAGCGAACAGUUAUCCGAAGGACGGUGUCUGCGAUUACGCCAUUUACGUCCACCUCCAUUACGAAGACAGUGGCUUCCACGGCAUCGACGACCUUGCGCUCGAAGGCACAACCUUAGGAUCAUUUUUAGAAAAGUCGAAGAACUCCCGGAAGACCAUCUUUUUGGCAACCCUUGCCUCGGAAAUGCUGGGCAGAAAUGACCGUAUCUUAUCUCCUGCAUUCGUAAAACACUUUAAAACGCUUCGGACCGCCUCCAAUAUACGGGGUUUCGGAAUAUUCCACGAGUACCACACUGGUCACGCUCUUCUGAGUCAACGUCACGAGUUGACCAACCUUUUGAACGCCUUACGCAGUCGUUUAAAGCGUAUUCGAGGCUCCACAGUGUUCUUGGGUGUCCGGCUACAGAGGCUUCAGAAACUUUCGGAAGCCUCCCAAUAUUUUCAAGCAUUAAAUACAGUUCUGACGAAACCAACCUUAUUUAUUUUGAUAACGCACGUUAGCGCACACCAUGAACCCGUUCCAGAACCAACUUCAGCUUGGACAGCACAUUCCUUCAAUGAUCCCGACGUCACCUCUCUCGAGAUAGGCCUGGAAUUUCUGAAAUUCUUCACUCCAUCUCUGCCUAAUAUAACAUUCUUCAUGAGUUUUACCCUGGCUGUGGUACAGUACAAUGGAGCUAACAAUGCGGGACCUCCAGCCAACCUGGGAAAUAUUUGCAAGGCUAUUUCGUACGUUCCGUACCGACAGGGCUGCGUUGACCGAGGCUUUAUCUUAAAUGAAUACGACUCUAACGAAAUGGUAGUGUUCGAAGUGAACACGCAGGAGCAAGUGGAUCGCUGCUACGAGACCGUGAGAACACUCUCGGAAAAGAUAGACCGGGUGCAAUCGCAAGACGACAGAGGGAAUAUCGGGUGGGCCCUCUUCAAUGCGGAGUUUGAGGACAACACGGACACCGGAUGCACCCGUGAUUCAAGACCAUUUCCAAGAAUUCGCGCUGUCCGAAAACGGCUUCGUGCAAAUAUGUCAAGGUCGGGUGCUCCUGGCACGUCGAUGACAUGCAAAGAGAAGUUGACAUAGCUUCUGCGCAAUGAACAAUUCGUUAUUAUACUGUAUUCACCCUCGCUGAACAUCAUCAUGCGAUUACCAUUAAUUGCACGAAGUGUAUAAUGCCGUUAGGAAGCAUGAUCAUCUACAGGAAAAGGCCUUUAAUCAUAUUAAAAGCAGGCCGCAACACUUUGGCAGUACCCGAAUGUCGCUCAUAAAAGCAUUUGCGUAGAUCAUGG